CGAUAACGACAUAUAUACUGCCCAUAUGUCGACAAGAUAUAAUUAAUGUAGCAAUAUAUAAUGAGAUGUUGGUAUAAAUAGGAAACAAACAUUUCUACAGGUUUAACAGACCUACGACUCCAGUUUACCCAAGAUCUCCAUCAGCAGAACUGAAGAUGAAUACACAAAUAUUAAUGGCCUUUGGCCUUUUGUUGGUAGUCAACUACUCUGCAGCAUUUUUUGGCGGUGGUGGCGGUGCAGGUGGUGGAAUGGGUGGGAUGAGUUCUUUUAUGAAAAUGAUUCCCGGCGGAGGUGGCGGUGCUGGUGGUGGCAUGGGCGGUAUGGGCGGCAUGAUGGGAGGUGGAAGCGGCGGCAGUGGAAUGGGUUCUUUUAUGAAAAUGAUCCCAAAGGGAAUGCGUGGCGAAAAUGGUCAGGAACCAUCAUGGAUGAAAUUUGUUCCUGGUCAGUUUAAAGGAAUGGUAGGGGGCAUGAUGAAAAAUCAAGGUAACGGCGGUAAUGGCGGAAAUGGCGGACAAGGACAAAACCAAGGUGGUGGUGGAUUUGGACCUGGAGGUGGAUAUGGCAUGUGAAUAACGAAAUCGUUUAUAGUAAAACAUGAACACAAAUAGUUUUUAUUUUGUUAAUUUUUGAGUAUUUGCUACACAUGUUGUAUGUUUCAUUGUGAAUAGUCUAUUUCAAAUAAAUUAUGUUUUAUUA